ACAAUCCAGAAGCCCAUCGAUCGAUCGGCGUGUAGAGGUGAUCGGAGGCGAGCGCACCGGAGCACACCACCGAGGCGGCGGCGGCGGCGGCGAGGGAGGGAGAGGAAGAUGGGGAAGACGCCGGUGCGGAUGAAGGCGGUGGUGUACGCGCUGUCGCCGUUCCAGCAGAAGGUGAUGCCGGGGCUGUGGAAGGACAUCACCACCAAGAUCCACCACAAGGUCUCCGAGAACUGGAUCUCCGCCACGCUCCUCCUCGCCCCCAUCGUCGGCACCUACGAGUACGCAAUGUACUACAAGGAGCAGGAGAAGCUAUCCCACAGAUACUAAAUGUGAAGCAUGCAGAGAUUGCCACAACUUUUGGAAUUUUUAUGAUCUAAAAUUAUCCAAGAAUGAUAUAACAUUUUUGGUUCAGUUAUAGUUGUCCAUGUACUGUUUUCCAUCGUUCCAUGCAUCUCCAGUAUGUAUGACUUGCAAACUUAUUUUUGCGGCUUGCUACAUAUGGUGGCAUUCCCUGUCACUGAAGCAAUUGUUUAAUAAAGCAAAUUAACUGUUUAUCCGGA